CUGGCUGCUCUAGGCAGCAGCAACCUCGGCAGCCCCGGAGAUGGGAAGAGAGCGCGCGGGGCGCUGCUGCUCUGGAGCCGCCGAUCUUUCUUCCUCGGGUUCCCUGAGACUCCGCGGCCGCUCUUGCCUCCUGGCUACCCACAGACUACGGCUACACUGCUAGGACAGCGCCGCCACCACCGUCAGCCCUCGUCCCGCCCGAGCCGUGCUGCUCUCACGCGCCGUGGAUGGAGCUUUCCCUCGCUGGGAUCGAUUUAGAAUGUGAUAACUCGAGUAUCUGAUAACUCAGUGAAGUACUUCAACACUCAUCUCUGCUUCCCAUGCUAUGUUCUCUACAGUGAAAAAUUAUGACAUCAACAUCCAAAGGCAUUCUUCGCCCAUUUCUCAUCGUCUGCAUCAUCCUGGGCUGCUUCGUGGCAUGUCUGCUGAUUUACAUCAAGCCCACCAACAGCUGGGUCUUCAGUCCAAUGGAGUCUGCAAGUUCUGUGCUGAAAAUGAAAAAUUUCUUCUCCACAAAAACUGAUUAUUUUAAUGAAACUACUAUUCUGGUUUGGGUGUGGCCAUUUGGACAGACCUUUGACCUUACAUCCUGCCAAGCAAUGUUCAACAUCCAAGGGUGCCAUCUAACAACAGACCGCUCGUUGUACAACAAGUCCCACGCGGUCCUGAUCCACCACAGAGACAUCAGCUGGGAUCUGACUAACUUACCUCAGCAGGCCAGGCCACCCUUUCAGAAAUGGAUUUGGAUGAACUUAGAGUCACCCACUCACACCCCCCAAAAGAGUGGCAUUGAGCACUUGUUCAACCUGACUCUAACUUAUCGCCGUGAUUCAGACAUACAAGUGCCUUACGGCUUCUUGACGGUGAGCACAAAUCCCUUUGUGUUUGAAGUGCCAAGCAAAGAAAAGUUGGUGUGCUGGGUUGUGAGUAACUGGAACCCUGAGCAUGCCAGGGUCAAAUAUUACAACGAGCUCAGCAAGAGUAUUGAAAUCCACACUUACGGCCAAGCAUUUGGAGAGUAUGUGAAUGAUAAAAAUCUGAUUCCCACCAUCUCUACUUGUAAAUUUUAUCUUUCUUUUGAAAACUCAAUUCACAAAGAUUACAUCACAGAAAAACUCUACAAUGCCUUUUUGGCUGGUUCAGUACCUGUUGUCCUGGGACCAUCUAGGGAAAACUAUGAGAAUUAUAUUCCAGCUGAUUCAUUCAUUCAUGUGGAAGAUUUUAACUCUCCCAGUGAGUUGGCAAAAUAUCUGAAGGAAGUUGACAAAAACAAUAAGUUGUACCUUAGUUACUUUAACUGGAGGAAGGAUUUUACUGUAAACCUCCCACGGUUUUGGGAAUCACAUGCAUGCCUGGCAUGCGAUCAUGUAAAAAGGCAUCAAGAAUAUAAGUCUGUUGGUAAUUUAGAGAAAUGGUUUUGGAAUUAAAGUGUUUGUCGUUGUCACAGUGAAAUAGAUUAAUCAUCAUUCAAGUUUUCAGGAUAAGAAGAAACACACUGCAUUUGGGUCACAGUUUAACUUUUCCUGCCCUCCAUUGAGGACCAUGUAUAUUUUGAUGACAUUUUUAAGAGACCAGAAUUAGCAACCACUCAAUUUCGUUUUAAAUUAUCCUGUAUAUAUGUGAUAAUAAGCACUGGAAAUAAUUUAUUCGUCGCUCUCAUUUGUAAAACAUUCUGUUUUUACAUUUUAUAGUUGACUGUAAAUUAUGAUUUAAUUGUUUCUACAUCAAUCAGAUCUUUAAUCUAUUUGGGAAAUGAAAAUACAUAUCCUAAAAUAUGAAGGACUUUUCGCCAAGUAUUAUAAAGCUUAGAUUCUAGAUUGUAUAAUGCUAACAAAGAAGGAUUAUUGAAUCACUUCAUUCUUAACCUCUCUGACUUUAGAGUUGAACACUACUGACAACUGAUGUAGUUUUUACCUGUACCGCAUUUGGGAAGGUAGGCUAAUUGACAUAGUAUAUAAGAAAGAUGUGAAGCAGAAUUGUUAUUAGACUAAACAUUCAUUUUUUAAGUUGUUUUGCAAAUGUGAAUUCUCAAUAUUUUAAGUUAAAGAAAACAAGAACUUUUAGACAUACAAUUUAUGUGGGUUUGGGGGUAUUUUGUUUAGUUUGGUGUUUUAGUGCCUAAUGAUAUCUAAGAGAAUC